GAGUGUGGUGGACUAAGAGUAGUUAUCAUUAAGAAUAUUGCAAAAAUGAUAAAGAAAUUUGACAAAAAGGAUGAAGAGUCUGGAAGUGGCUCCAAUCCCUUUCAGCAUCUGGAGAAGAGUGCAGUGCUCCAAGAGGCUCGUAUCUUCAACGAGACGCCAAUCAACCCCAGGAGAUGCCUUCACAUUCUCACCAAGAUUAUCUACCUGCUUAAUCAGGGGGAACACUUUGGAACCACAGAAGCAACAGAAGCAUUCUUUGCAAUGACAAGACUCUUCCAGUCUAAUGACCAAACCCUCAGAAGGAUGUGCUACCUGACCAUCAAAGAGAUGGCCAACAUCUCUGAGGAUGUCAUCAUUGUCACUAGCAGUCUGACUAAGGACAUGACUGGUAAGGAAGAUGUGUACCGAGGACCAGCCAUCAGAGCACUCUGCAGAAUCACUGAUACCACCAUGCUGCAGGCGAUUGAGAGGUAUAUGAAACAGGCUAUUGUGGACAAGGUGCCGAGUGUGUCCAGCUCUGCACUGGUUUCCUCUCUGCAUAUGGUGAAGAUGAGCUAUGAUGUGGUGAAGCGUUGGGUGAAUGAGGCUCAGGAAGCUGCUUCCAGUGAUAACAUCAUGGUGCAGUACCACGCUCUGGGUCUGCUUUACCACCUGAGGAAGAAUGACCGUUUAGCCGUGUCCAAAAUGCUCAACAAGUUUACCAAAUCUGGACUCAAGUCUCCCUUUGCCUACUGCAUGCUGAUCCGCAUUGCCAGCAAACUGCUGGAAGAGACAGAGGGAGGGCACGACAGCCCUCUGUUUGACUUCAUUGAGAGCUGCUUGAGGAACAAGCAUGAGAUGGUGGUAUAUGAGGCAGCCUCUGCUAUCGUCCACAUGCCCAACUGUACUGCUAGAGAGCUGGCCCCUGCUGUCUCUGUGCUCCAGCUCUUCUGCAGCUCCCCUAAAGCUGCUCUACGCUAUGCUGCUGUCAGGACACUCAAUAAGGUUGCCAUGAAACAUCCAUCUGCUGUGACGGCCUGUAACCUGGACCUGGAGAACCUUAUCACAGACUCCAACCGCAGCAUUGCCACUCUGGCCAUCACCACCCUGCUGAAGACGGGCAGCGAGAGCAGUGUCGACCGCCUCAUGAAGCAGAUCUCCUCCUUUGUCUCCGAGAUCUCCGACGAGUUCAAGGUGGUGGUCGUGCAAGCCAUCAGCGCUCUGUGUCAGAAGUAUCCUCGAAAACACAGCGUCAUGAUGAAUUUCCUGUCCAACAUGCUGAGAGAUGACGGAGGUUUUGAGUAUAAGCGUGCGAUCGUGGACUGCAUCAUCAGUAUCAUCGAGGAGAAUCCUGAGAGCAAAGAGACGGGGCUAGCCCACCUGUGUGAGUUUAUUGAGGACUGCGAACACACAGUCCUCGCCACCAAGAUCCUGCACUUACUGGGCAAGGAGGGGCCCCGAACCCCCAACCCCUCCAAAUACAUCCGCUUCAUCUUCAACCGCGUAGUGCUGGAGAGUGAGGCGGUGCGCGCCGCUGCGGUGAGCGCCCUGGCCAAAUUUGGCGCUCAGAACGAUGACCUGCUGCCCAGCGUUCUAGUUCUGUUGCAGAGAUGUAUGAUGGACAGUGAUGAUGAAGUGCGGGACAGAGCCACAUUCUACAUGAACAUCCUGCAGCAGAAGCAAAAGGCCUUAAAUGCCGCCUACAUCUUUAACGGUCUGUCUGUGUCCAUUCCUGGCCUGGAGAAAUCGCUUCACCAGUACACCCUAGAGCCAUCUGAGAAACCCUUUGACAUGAAGACCGUUCCCUUGGCAACCGCACCAAUAACAGAACAGAAGACAGAAAUUGCACCAGUGGCUACAAGCAAACUCCCAGAAAAGCUUGCGCCAUCACGGCAAGAUAUUUACCAAGAGCAACUGGCCGCCAUCCCAGAGUUCCAGGGACUGGGCCCUCUGUUCAAGUCGUCGGAGCCGGUUCAGCUGACGGAGGCUGAGACAGAGUAUGUGGUGCGCUGCAUCAAACACACUUUUGCCAAUCACAUGGUGUUCCAGUUUGACUGCACCAACACGCUGAACGACCAGCUCCUACAGAAGGUGGUGGUCCAGAUGGAGCCGUCUGAGGCCUACGAAGUCGUUAGCUACGUCCCCGCGGCCAGCCUGCCCUACAGCCAACCGGGCUCCUGCUACAGCCUUGUCCGUCUCCCCGACGACGACCCCACGGCAGUGUCCUGUACGUUCAGCUGUACGAUGAAGUACCUUGUACGAGACUGCGACCCAAACACAGGCGAACCUGACGAUGACGGUUAUGAUGAUGAAUAUGUGUUAGAGGAUCUGGAAGUGACCGUGGCUGACCACAUACAGAAAGUGCUGAAACCUAACUUUGGGGCAGCAUGGGAGGAAGUUGGAGAUGAGUUUGAAAAAGAAGAAACAUUUGCUUUGGCCUCUGUCAGAACACUAGACGAGGCAGUCAGUAACAUCACUAACUUCUUGGGCAUGCAGCCAUGUGAACGGUCAGACAAAGUUCCGGAAAACAAGAACUCUCACAUCCUCUUCCUUGCCGGUGUGUUCAGGGGAGGUCACGAUGUGCUGGUGCGGGCACGUCUUGCCCUCGCCGACGGGGUCACCAUGCAGGUCACGGUGCGAAGUGGAGAGGAGAAUGUUGCCGACGUCAUUUUGGCCUCGGUCGGUUAAUGAGGAGCGUCCAAAGUCCACGCAUACAUGAAAAAGACAUUGUAGAUGCCCAUCACGUGUAGUAGCAUUUAUAUAACUUUUUCACAAUCACUCUAAACUGUCUUUCCUCUUUUCAGUGUGCUCUAUGUGAGAGUCUAAAAGCAGAAUGUUACCAGCAAGUAAUUAUCUGAAGCAACACAUGCUCGGAAUUGACACAGACCAGAUGCUAAACUCAUUUGUUAAAAUGAAUCACAGUCAUUGUGCUUUUGACUUGCAUCAGUAUGUAACAUGCUCUUCUGCUCAUCCUGCUCCCCCAGGCUCCGUCUUCCCAUAGCAAAAUCUGUACUGUGAUUUACAAUACGGUGCCCUUUUGAUGAGAGAAAAUGGGUCUAUAAUGGUCUGUUCAUGGGAAACAUCUUAUUUAAACCACCAAACCCAAAAGUGGUCUUUUUUUCAUACAAUAAUAAAGAGUAAACAUGAAAACACACAACAUUUUAUGUGGGUUAUUUCCAUAUAUGCCAUUUUUUUACCUUUACAAUGUCACAGGUGGAAUAGAAACAAUUUGAUGUAUUUAUGAGAACUGACAGCAAAAAUUGUUGCUA